AUGAGUACCGAAACCACCAAGCCUUCUAUCCCCAUUCAGCUUGACGUCCCAGUCGUUCCGCAAGAUAAGUUAAGGCGUCCCUCCAAGUCGGAUGAGGCGUUCCUCUUUCUUUCUCGUCAAUCUACUUGUACCUCCUCUGCGAAUAGACACCAACAAGUGACUUUUCCAUCGUUGAGGUAA